AGGAAGAAGAGAUCUAAUUCUAACAAUCACAAUGUCGCAGCAGCUUGAGUUCAUAGUUUCGCCCCUCCUCUUCAUCAUUCCUUUCGUCUUUUUCUUCUACUUCUUAAUCAGAAAGAACAAAAUUUCAUCUGGGUCUUCAUCUCCUGCAAAUAUAUCAAGAAAAGUUCCAACUGCUUACCCAUUGAUCGGUCACAUCUUUGCUGCUCCCAAGAAUCGAGACCUAAUGAUGCCAUGGAUAGCUGAGGUUCUCCAAAACUCCCCAAAUGCAACCUUCACUUUCAAGCGUUUUAGCCGUCGAAACAUCAUAACUGCCAAUCCCGCCAUCGUCCAACACAUCCUUAAGACGCAAUUCUACAAAUACCCCAAAGGCCCCUUCUUCCGCAACAAUCUCCACGACUUACUUGGUUCUGGCAUCUUCAACGCUGACGGCGAUCGCUGGAAGUUUGAGAGACAGAUCUCCAGCCCCGAAUUCAACACCAAGUCGCUCCGCAAAUUCGUCGGCACCGUCGUCGAGGCAGAGCUUUCCGAAUGUCUCCUCCCUCUCCUCUGCACCGCCAACACCGAGAAUUCUGUGCUCGAUCUGCAAGACAUCCUCCAAAGGUUUGCAUUCGACAACAUCUGCAAAAUCGCUUUCGGGUUCGAUCCCAAAUCUCUCUCGCCAUCUUUCCCACAGCCACAAGCCGAAUUUGCCGUCGCGUUCGACGAAGCUGUAAAAUUAAUCACCGGGCGAUUUCCUACCAUGUUUCCAGCAGUGUGGAAGAUGAAGCGAGCACUCAAUAUUCGAUCAGAGAAACAAUUAGGGUUGGCAGUCUCUCACAUCCGUCAAUUCGCUAGAAGCAUCGUCAGAGAGAAGAGACGAGAGCUAGAAGAGAAAUCUUCACUGGAAACAGUGGAUCUCUUAUCACGAAUCUUGAAUUCAGGUCAGUUGGAUGAAGAUUUAGCCACCGACAUGGUUAUCAGCUUUAUCUUAGCCGGUCGGGACACCACAUCGGCGGCCUUGACAUGGUUUUUCUGGUUAGUAUCGUGCAAUUAUCAAGUAGAAGAGGAGAUAGUGAAGGAGAUAAAAGAAAUGAAAGAUACGAUGGAUUACGAUGGUGUGAAGGACAUGGUUUACACUCACGCCUCACUCUGCGAGAGCAUGAGAUUGUAUCCACCGGUACCACACGAUGCCAAGGAGGCUGCCGAAGACGAUGUUCUCCCGGACGGAACGAUUGUGAAGAAAGGGAUGAGAGUGACUUAUCAUCCUUACACGAUGGGCAGGUUGGAGUCGUUGUGGGGCAAAGAUUGGGCGGAGUUCCGGCCAGAGAGGUGGCUGGAGAGGGAGGAGAGUAGUGGAAAGUGGAGGUUCGUGGCGAGGGAUCCAUAUACCUACACGGUGUUUCAAGCGGGACCGAGGAUAUGCUUAGGGAAGGAGAUGGCGUUCUUGCAGAUGCAGAGGAUAGUUGCCGGAGUGAUGCGACGGUAUCGGGUGGGGCCGGCGGAGAAGGGGUUUGAACCUGUUUUCGUUUCAUACUUGACUUCGAAGAUGAAAGGAGGUUUUCCCGUAAGGAUUGAGAGGAGGGAAUAAGGUGUGAAGAUUAUAAAUUACGUUUUUUUAUGUAAAG